UAUAUUCUUGAUCCGGUUUCUUUGAGAUCAAAAGUACAAAAACAAAAACAGACAAGGGAAUUGUUAUCGUUUGAGCUCUAAUUCCUUUACAAAGAUGGUUAGCAUGAGAUUUCUUAAAAUCCAUUCUUCAUACUGCUCAAGCCAUUUUAAUGUGCACCUUCCUAGCGGUCUGGAGUCACUAUCUGAUAAAUUGAGGUAUUUUCGUUGGGAUGGAUUUUGUCAUGAGUCUUUGUCGUCCAAUUUUCAUGCAGAAUAUCUUGUUGAGCUUGACAUGCGUCGUAGCAAGCUUAAAAAGCUUUGGGAAGGUGUUCAGAGCCUGGUGAACUUGGAGAAAAUUCACCUAGAAGCCUCUCGAGAUCUGGUUGAGAUUCCAGACUUAUCCAAGGCAGAAAUACUUAAAAGAAUUGACCUCUCUUAUUGUGAAAGCUUGCGUAAGCUCCACCCUUCCAUAUCAUCCCUCCCCAAGCUUACACAUUUGGAAUUAAGUGGCUGUAGAAAGAUUGAAAAUCUGAAUGUUCAUUCAAAAUAUCUGCAGAGAUUGAACCUCGAAGGUUGUUCAUCUCUUAAGGAGUUGUCAGUGACAUCACAUAAAAUGGUGUUCUUGGACUUAUCUUAUACUGCUAUAUGUUCGUUGCCAUCAUCAAUUCAAUAUAAUACGGAACUUGCUCGACUUUUUCUAAAGGGUUGCGACAAUCUAUCAUUCGUACAAUCACCCCCUAACAUCAUUGGCCACUUGUUCUCUUUACUACUUUUAGACUUGAGUGGAACUAAUGUGGAGAGUUUACCUGCAAGCAUAAAAAACCUUUCAAUGAUGAAACUAUUGGUGUUAGAUGAUUGCAGGACCCUCGUGUCUCUACUGGAGCUUCCACGAUCCUUGGAAAUGCUGACAGCCUAUAACUGCACUUCUUUGGAGACAGUCUUCACUCAAUUACUAGUUUCUGAACACAUGUUACAGAGUUGCAAGCCCUACUUAUCCAAACAAUAUUAUUAUCCUAAGCAAUUUGAGGGUGGAUGUGCCGUUUUCCCUGGAGAUCAUAUCAUGAAUGACUUUGGAUUUCAUGCUGAAGAUAGUUCAAUAACUAUUCCUUAUCUCUCACUACCUGAGUUGUGUGGUUUCAUUUGUUGUUUCGUUCUUUCUGAGGGAUCAAUAGAGGGACAUAUUUCGUGUUCUAUCUAUCAAGAUAGCGAACAAGUUGGGAUAGACGAAGGCCAACUACUUCACACAGCUUUAAUAUCAGAUCACGUGGUAUUUUUGUUUGUUGAAAUAUGUGACCAUUUUAAUGGAAUACCUUUUAAGUUUCAAUUUAAUUACUAUUUAAUUACUAUGACACCUUUCGACACAAAGACGAACGAGUUAGAAUCAAAGAGUGUUAUUCUGCAACCAACUUUCAGGAAAAAAACGAACAAUGAAAUAGUUAAACUUCAAAUCUACCUUGGUAAUGAAUACAAAGGUAGAUAAAUAAAUAAACAAAUAAACAAGGUCAAAAUAAAAAGAGAUUAAUAAACAAAAUAUGACUCAGAUUCCACACUAACGCUACGAAAUGCAAUGAAAUCUUCACAAACCAAUUACCAUUGAAAGAAUAACAAAUCAAGAACAGAUCUGAUUAUUUCACAACAUUAAACCAAAACGAUCACGUGGAUCAAGACCCAAGGGAAUCACCAAACAAAAAUACCCUCAUAAUCAUCACAGAUCCAACAAAAAGAGCAUCACCCAGAUCACAAAAAAUCGCGCAUUAGCCCAAAUAUCAAAUAUUUACGCAGCAAAAUUCAGAAACACCAAAUGGGGCCAGCGGCACCCAGUUGAUACAGAAAUAGAGAGAGAAACUGGGGAAAACAGAGGAAUAAGAAAAACA